AUGACGGAUUACAUGGCUCAGAUGCUCAAUGAGCUAAUGGGUUCACAGAGAAAUGCUCUGCCAGGAGAGCAAGCUGCAAUUGACUAUACGAGUCCUGAUGUUUGUCGAGAUUUCUUAGUUGCAUUUUGCUUGAACGAAUCGUUCAGGAAUACAAAAAAUGACAUCGGAUUUUGUCCUUUUCCCAUCCACGACGAAGGAUUGAAAAAGAGAUAUCGAGAGAGUAAGAAGUUUGGUAGAUUAGGUUACGAAGAAAAGUUCUUGGAGAGAUGUCGUAGAAUGCACAAUGAUGUUUUACGAAAAAUCGAGAAGAAUCAAGCGAGACUUCUUGUGACUCAAGGCGAUCAACAUGCUUCUGCUAAUCCUAUUGAAAAGAAACGUCAAGAGAUUAUCGAACAGAGAGAUUUACUUGGUAGAAAAAUUGAAAAGUUGAUGGAGGAAGCGCAGAUUGAAGGCGAAAGAGGAAAUGUCGCUGCUGCUCAAUCUGCUGUUCAGAAAGCAGAUGAUCUCACGUUGGAACGCAUUCAACUUGAUCAGGAAGAGGAGAAACUCGCUGAAGAAGCGAAAAGAAUGUUCGCUUUUGAGGAUCAAGUAACUGCUGGUAACAAACAAAUGCAAGUUUGUGCUGUGUGUGGCUGCUUCAUGCUCACAAAUGAUGCUCAGUCAAGAAUAGAUGAUCACUUGAGUGGUAAGUUGCAUAUUGCGUACCUUAAAAUCCGUAAGUACUUGGACGAACAUGAUAAGCCGAAGCCUAAAGUGGAAGAAGUCAGAGAAAGGGACAAAAAUUAUGAAAGGCCUGAAAGACCUGAGAGAACUGAGAGACCCGAUAGACCUGAUCGAACUGAGAGACCUGAUAGACCUGAGAGACAGGAUCGUCAAGAUAGACAUAUCAGAGAUAAUAGAGAUAAUAGAGACAGAAAAAGAUCGAGAAGUCGUGAAAGAAGAGAUAGGAGAGAUGAUCGCCGUGAUCACAGGGAUGAGAAGCACCGCCGGGAUUACCGAAAGGAUAGUUAUAGAAGGGAUAGAAGCCGCUCCAAAGAUAGAGCUCGUCGCUAG